AUGGCCUGCGAGCCAGACCCAGUUGAACUUGCGGCUUGUCGAGAGCGGACAGGCUGGCCGGGGCGCUGCCAACUUUCUGGCUGCACACUGGCUGCGUCCUCAGUGGCUGCAGCGAAGUCUUCGAGGGCCUUCGAUCUGAUUCCGUACGAGGUCGUCAACGAACUUCGUCACUUCUUCUGGGCCGACAGGACAAUGACAGCUCCAGGACCCGGCUGGCUCGGAGAUGGUGUGCAAUCAGACAAUGGCCCUUGUUUCGAGCGGGCCCCGCACCCUCAUGACGAGGCUGCGAGCAUUAUGACGCUGCCGGACGAGGAGCGCACGCUGCUGAAACAGCCUCCCUGCUUCACACGGCCACCUCUGUAUGCUGCUGUGCGUGUGCCAACGGGUCACGACGAGUCUAGCCGCCUGCAUCCCCGGGCGCAGCCUGGCGAAUUGCUAGGGCAGGCGCCGGCUGACGACCUCUCAUGA